AUGGCGCACCUCACAAUGAAGAAGGAUGUUACAGUCAACGUGCUGAAGCGGAAGGUACCGUUUGGCGUAGAACCUCUCGUCGACGCUUGGGCGCUUGGGAGUUGGGCCGCGUCGGCUGGAAUGCUGUCACACGUCCGUUGUUCGCUGUGGGCCGCUCCGACGUUCUCGUCAAGAAGAGGAGUGGAGCAAUGCGCAUGUGUGCCAACUUCUCCACGGAGCUGA